AUGGGUAUUUACGAUUUUAACCUCUACGCUCAUCCGGAAUCUUUGAACGAGAUAAAAAAGGAAUUGACGAUACUCCGUGAGCAGAUCAAGAUAGUUGAAGGCCUCGAGCACGCCAGGGCCCGCCUUGCGGCGACACUUUCAUUGGACUCCAAUACUCUUUCAAAGUGCGAUGCGUUCAUGCGUUGUGUUAACGAUAAUGCAUUUAAGCCUGACUUCGCUGUGGAGCUCCGUAAGCUAAGCUGGGACGGUUUGGCUUUCUGCUCUAUUAGUUUCGAAGAGAGACGCCUUCAAUACGUCGUUCGCCAUCUGAGAGCGUCAGAUAUCCAGACCUAUAUGAAGAAUGUAGGGGUCUCAUGUCUCGAUCGUCCGGAGGUUUCCAAGCGCCUGGACCGUUUGUCCGCUGCAUCUCUGGGGAAACCUUUUCAUGCAUACUACACAGCUUCCCUGGCAUCGGUCUAUACAGAACCAGAUGAUCAGAUGGAUGACGAGACUGGGCCAGUUCUCAAACCUCGCAUAACAGCUAUACAGCCCGGCGCCUUCGAGUUUCCUGCGGCGCCUUGGACAAACAUCGAAAAGGUGUUUCCAAUACAGGUUGCAACAGCCAUUCGCCCCGUCCCUCCGCGUAUAAACGAUCCAAAUAUAACAGACUGUGUGCGAUCGAGAUUCCCGCGGGGUCGGGGCGAUGGCGAUGCGGUUAUCUGGCUGGAUAUGGAAACUGCUGGGAUACACCCAUUGCUUUGUGGGUCAGGACCAGGCGUUUUCACGACACAGCUUAGAAAAGUCUUCGGUGAUACAAUCGCAAAUGCCAUUGAGAAAAGCGAUUUACGGAAAUGGGAGAAGGAAAAUGGAUUUUUGGAUACAACGGAAUGCGUGAAACACCAUCAGACCGUUCCGGCGCUCUAUCUGGCCAUCAGGAUCCUUUGUACUCCAAAUCUCACUGCCCGCAUCGAAGAAAACGACAUCUUCGCAAUCUCGGCAAAGAAGUUGUCGAUCGUUAGAUGCGGGGUCGAUGACCUCCAGCGCAACAUAUUUGUUGAGACUUUGCAGCCGGCUGUCGUCCGCAGAAAGCGGAUCCCACCGCGAUAUCUAGCAUAA